UUCAUAAACAAGUAGGAAAUAAUAUAUGAAUGAGUUAAGAAUUUUCAUCUUUAUAUAAAAAUGACUUUAUCAGAAUUUACGAAAUUAAAGCAACAAAUUGUGUUUGAUGUAGGUAAAUGUGAAAACCAUAUUCAUAUACUUAAUAAAUUGAAAGAAUUCUAUAAAGAUGAUGUAGAUUCUGAUAGAAGAUUUGAACAAAUUAAUACAAUAGGGCAGUUAAUUAACAUAUUAGAAAUUAGGAAUGUUCUAUCGGAAGAUGAUGUCGGACCUUUAAAAGAAAUCGCUCGUAGAAUUAACAAUGACGAUCUUUUAGAAAGAAUAUGUGACUAUGAAGUUAAUCAUAUUUCAAAAGGAUAUAUUAAUCAAUAUGUUAUUGAGAAUAUACCAAUGACAUCUAUUAAGCAACAUAUGACAGAAAAUAAAGAAAGCUGUCUACAAAAUUAUCCUUUUGGUGCAUUGAGUCCAAAAAAAAUGCUUAGAAUUAGAGAAACAAUCAUAGAAGAAAUUGGAAGCUUUUGGCGUGACUUGGGAAGAAAUCUUAAAAUCCGGGAAUGUAAGAUAGAUGAAAUUGAUACUAAUUAUAAUAGUUUGCCAUCCAAGGCUUCACAAUUAAUGAACUUAUUUGAGUCUAGAGCUGAUAAACAAAGAUGGUUCUUUGUUUUAUGUGAAGCAUUAGAGAAAUCCCGUAGAAAAGACUUAAGUAAGACUCUGCAAGAAAUUAUGGCUAUGAAUAUAUCAUGACUUCAUUUCAUCUACUGUUUUCAAUAUAAUAAUAAAAGAAACCCUUCUUUUGCAUGUAUGCAUGCUUUUGAUAUAUUGGGAUAUAUAAAGUAAAUAUAUCAACUAAAUGUAACAUUUAGGUAUAAAAUGGUACAUGGUAAAGGUUAAUCCUUCAAUAAGAAAAUUUUAUCUAAGUUGUCAUCUACACAUGUACAACUUUUUAUGAAGUCAGUUCUGUAUGCCAUCGUAUUACAGAAAAUAUAAUACUAAAAGAUAUUAUGUACCAA